UAAACUUGUUUUUCUUUUUUUCUUUGUGUGUUUUUCUGAGCGGCAGCUGGCGGUCAAAGUACCAGAGCAUUACCGGGCUUCCUUGGACAUUUAAGUCCCGUUAGUGUCUCCGGUUUGUCUACGGUUUGUGUCUCCAGAUGACGGAGAGUCCGGACAGCAACGUCCUGCAGCGGACACACAGCGGCGGUACCGGCCCGACGGUGGUGAAGGUGGAGUCAGGUGUGACAGGUGUAUCGGUCCUGGCCCCGUCACAGACCGCUGAGCUUCACUUCCUGCGUUCGCGGGUCCGAGAGCUGGAGAGAGAGAAGGCGGAGCUGUCGGCGGAGAACCAGAGACUAAAGAACAUGCUGGUCCACGAAAUCCCUGGGCUCCUGUCCACCAUGUGGCAGACGUUGGGCCAGGCCAACAGUCACCACUCCGUCUCCACGGCAACAGGCAGGAGCGACAGUUACGCUCCAUACUCACAUCACCACCACUCGACCAAUCAGGACGAAGACUUCAGCCCCCUGGUCCACGUCCAGCAGCUCCAGGAGGAGCUGAGCGGGGACAUGUCGGAGUCCUGGGGCCUGCUGGGCUCCGAGGACGAGGAGGUGCCAGGAGGAGCAGACAUGGGCCUGGGGAGCCACAUGGGGGAGGAGGCGCCGCUCUGCAGCCAGACUGACAUGGAGGAGCUAAGGAGGAGCUGCUCCGAGAGCCAGUGUACCUCCGGACACCUUAAUGGACAUGUGAGCCAGGUGGAGGUGUAUCCGGGAUCUGGUGUUCUCUGUGAUGUCCGCUCGUGGCAGGCAGCCAAUCAGGCGCAGUCUCCCACUGCGAUGGCACGAACGCUGCUAAUAGGUGUGUUUGAUAUGAACACGCUGAUGAAUAGUAACCUGCGAGGAGGACGGAGCCGUCGGCCCGCCUUCCACCCACAACGCAGCGCUCUCGACCCGCACAAGAUCAACGCCAUCUUCAACGCCAUCUUGGCUCGGUUUCCUCUCGCCAAGAAAGGAGUCAUUGGCUCCGGCAUCAACUCCAAACUGUCUGAGAUCCGUUUCCGCUCCCGUAGAGCCAAUCGAGACUCCCAAUUCCUCUGACGGACAGCUAGACGGCUCCACCUAUCUUACAGAAAAAACUUCCAAACGUCCAAUGAGAACACAGCAGUCUGGAGCUGCUGCACCAAUGAGCUGUUGGACAGACUGACAGUUUAAUUUCAACCUCUGGUCAGUUUCAGGUCAGGUCUGGUUCUCAUGUCGCUGAGUCUGCGGCUCUUUGGCAACCUGUUGGAGAGCUGUGCGUUGCUGUAACGACCCGAUAACCUGCUACAAAACCACCACAAGGAGACGCAAAAUGGCCGCAAAGAGACACAAAACAAACAUGUAGAGACUCAAAAAAACCACAAAGAGACA